AUGUACUCUAAAGCAAUAGAGAAAUGGAAAAGUCGACGACAAUGGGUGAAAUAUAUGAAUGGAAAAAAUAUUGUAAAUAUCGAUUUUUUCAUCAAACAAUAUGGGCAUAUGGAAGUACCAUUGAUCAACGAAAGAACUGAUAGGAUAAUGGAAAAUUGUGGAAAGUGUAUAGAUUAUGAGGAAAAAUCUUCAUGUUCCCAAAACUCUAAAGAAUGUCAAAAAAUAAAGCUUAAAGAUUAUAUCAAAAUGAUGCGAGAAAAUAGUGGGUCAAGUAAUAUUGGCUAUGCUAAAGAUUGGCAUUUUCAACAAGAAUCGGGUACAUCUUAUGAAAUGUAUGGAUUGCCGUCGGUUUUGCGCUUUGACUGGAUAAACAAUGAGAUGUGGUCAAACGAUGAGCGUAAUCAGUUGGGCGAUUAUCGUUUUGUUUACCUUGGAGCCAAGAAUACUUGGACGCCAUUUCACGUUGACGUGAUGAAUUCAUAUAGUUGGUCAGCCAAUAUUUGCGGACGAAAGCUUUGGUAUUUUGUACCACCGAACAAUGAGGAAUACUUUAGAAUUAGUCGUGAUACAUUUUUAAAAGAUAUUCGAACGGUUCAAGACAGAUGGCUUGAGGCUGCUGUCGUAUCAUUUAUUCAAGAAGAAGGAGAAAUUGUUUUCGUUCCUUCGAAUUGGUAUCAUCAAGUCCAUAAUUUGGAAGAUACAAUUUCUAUCAAUCAUAACUUUGUUAAUGCAAGUAAUGUGGAUGUCAUUGUCGAGUUGAUAAUUAAACGUCUGAUGGAUAUAGACAUUGAAUUAGCCGAUUGUAGAUCUUGUUUCUCAUCUGCGGAAUACAAUAGUUUUUGCGAGAAGAUACUGGCUGCAGAUAUUCGGGUGAACUUAGCACAAUUCAGAUCAUUGCUCCAACUGAUUAUAGAUGAUCGAGGAAAUGAUGUAAACGAAUGCUGGAUUUGUCCACGACAUCGGUCAUUCUCGAAGUGCAAAAAGGAUGGCAAUUGUCUUGAAUUCAUGCGGACAGUGAUUCGAACAAAUUGUGCUUGUGAAGUGGGGAACAAUGUCAUUUGUAAUAACUGUCUAAAUUUCAUGAAACAAUACGAAAUUUCUGUUGCUGCUGAAUGCCUUGCGCGGAUUUGUCACAUCGAAGAAGAAAGGAAUUGA